AGGUUGCAGGGCCCCGGAUAACCGAGGCAGUGGAUCCUCCCGCGUCCCUGGGUUUCAAGGACGCUAGGACUCGUCGCGGCCCUGUGGCCUCACGCUGGGCAGGGGGCCGCCAGGAUGGACGUGUUCAUGAAGGGCCUGUCCAUGGCCAAGGAGGGCGUCGUGGCCGCCGCUGAGAAAACCAAGCAGGGGGUCACCGAGGCCGCGGAGAAGACUAAGGAGGGCGUCCUCUACGUCGGAAGCAAGACUCGAGAGGGGGUGGUACAAGGAGUGGCCUCAGUGGCUGAAAAAACCAAGGAGCAGGCGUCACAUCUUGGAGGAGCCGUGUUCUCUGGGGCUGGGAACAUUGCAGCAGCCACAGGCCUGGUGAAGAAGGAGGAAUUUCCCACUGAUCUGAAGCCAGAGGAAGUGGCCCAGGAAGCUGCUGAGGAACCACUGAUCGAGCCCCUGAUGGAGCCAGAAGGGGAGAGUUAUGAGGAACCACCCCAGGAGGAGUAUCAGGAGUAUGAGCCAGAGGCGUAGGGGCCCAGGACGGCCCCCCACCAGCAGCACAAUUUCCUCCCUGUCCCCUGCCCCACCCCCCCAGAGCCAGGGCUGUCCUUCUACCCCUUCCCCCCAAACACGAGAUCUUCCUUUGCUCCGAGGGGCUCCCUUGGAGCCUGUGUUGGUGUCUGUCCAUCUGUCUGUCCUACCCGCCCGCGUCCAAUCCUGGGGCGCGGACAGGGCCGGGGCUGUUGCCCCCACGUAUGUUGCCCUCCUCCCCACCGCAUCCCGUCCAAUGUCUGCGCGGGUGUAGCAUGUUCUAUGUAUUUUUAAACGAAGAUCAGAAAGCGACGGCUCCCUCCACACAUCCCCGACAGAGACUCUCCGAGGGCCCCCCCUCCCCCCGGGCAGCCCAGAGCCCCCCACCCAACUCCCAC